CUUAGUUGAAGCGUAGCUUUUGUCGUCGCCGGACGUGUCUUUUAAUUCGAGUUAACACUACACAUAAUUGCAAUUAUAAAUUAAACUUGUAUAAAAUAUAAGUAAAAAUCAUAUUUACAAUAUUUAAGUAGUGAUCUCAUCGCAACAUCUACUCGAUGCAUAUUGCAUACUUCUUAAGCGUACUGCUGCCAUUGACAGUGGGCGCACAUGCGCAAAUUAAAACAUCCGGCAUUAAGACGCAUUACCCCGCCGCACCAAGUUCGGGUAAUUUAGUUUACAAUGCACACAACGAACAUAAUUACACGGCUCAAUACAAUCGCACCUUUAUACCGGCGGACACCUAUCAGGGUGGCAAUGCGGGCGUGGUCAGUGUGAAUGUCGUCGAUGGCGAAGGGAAAGCGUACCUGGCUAGUGGCAAUCAUUUGGCUGCCGGAGAGGAAUAUCAUUACUAUGGCGCUGGCGGUGUUUACAGUAGCGGUGGAAUUGCUAGACAGCGUGCGCCACAAGUGCUAGAUCCAGCUGCAGAAUUCGUUAACAAAACUCGCUCCCAAAUGGCCUCUGGCAUUUGUUAUACAGAAGUAGCAACCUCAACUCUGGUACGGGACAAAACCGUAAUUCCGGCUGGUAAUGGUACCAGCUCGGACAAGAGCAAAAUUCAAAUCUGUUGCGAAGGUUAUGUACGCAACCCACACGUCUAUUCACGCUGUGACCCCGUCUGCCUUGACGACUGCCCAAAUGGUAUAUGCACAGCGCCCAACACCUGCGUCUGCAUACCGGGAAACGUGCGGAACCACGAGGAUAAAUGCAUUUCCACUUGCCCCAUCGGUUGCGGCAAUGGUGUGUGUGAUGAUCAAAAUCAAUGUGUAUGCAAGAGCGGCUACACCUUGGAUCCGGCUACACGACAAUUUUGCGUGCCACAUUGCGACAAACCCUGUGAGUACGGGAAAUGCGUGGCACCUAAUAAAUGUGACUGUUUCGAUGGCUAUCGCCUAACGGCCGGCGGAGUAUGUGAACCGAAAUGUGAUAACUGUGAGAACGGACGUUGUACAGCGCCGGGUUUGUGCACUUGCGACAAGGGUUAUGCGAAGGUUGAUGGUCUUUGCGAGCCAGUAUGCACGCUUGGCUGCGAGAGGGGCCGUUGUGUUGGACCCGAUGUUUGUGCGUGCAGCCAAGGUUUCGAACUGGACCGCACCGGCACCAGAUGUGUGCCACAUUGCGAUCAACCCUGCCUGAAUGGCGUAUGUGAUGGUGCAAAUAGCUGUGCUUGUAAUCCGGGCUAUGUAUUGGAUCCCGUGCAGAAGAAUAUCUGCCAGCCGCAUUGUGCGCAGGGUUGUCCCAAUGGCUAUUGUACUUCGCCGAACUUUUGCGUCUGUAAGCCAGGUUAUCGCAAAUCAGGUAUAAAGGGACGUCAAACGUGCAUAGCCGUCUAGUGUAAGCUUCGGUCGAAACUUGUUUGUAAUAAAAUGUCAAAAAGAAAACGAAUUUAUAUGUAUAUUUUUAAUAAAAUAAAA